CCCAUGAAUCUGAUUUCAAAUCAUUAGGACAUUUCAAACUCUAAAAAGCUCUCACCAAAACUGAAGACGGUAUUUCAAAUCAUUAGGUAUGACUUAUGAGUGAUGAAAAACCCAAAAGCAUGCUCAGCUUUUCUCUAACAAAAUACUCCACAUAAACAAAACAGGUAAGAGAUAAGACCCAAAGGGGAAGAGUCAAAUGGGUAAGUUAAUGUGAAAUGUGCCCCAAAAGAGAGGCGGGGAUGUUGAUUAAACAGUGUAAUAGCAGGGGAUAUUAAUGGUGGAGAGAGAAGGUGAGAAAACAAAGAAGAACAGAAGUAAAGGAGGCCCAGUUUUUACAACCACAACUGCCCCAGGCUCAGGGGUUCCUUGGAGUAGCAAUAAAGACUCUGCAAUUCAUCUUCUUGACUACUACUGCUGCUUUCUCUUCUUUUUUUUCACCUUUAUAGGCAGAGAACAGGAAAAAGAUAAGAGAUUCAUCUGUUGAUGAUUCUUUUGGGUUGAAAUCAGAACAUGGGUUUUGUUCCUCACAGAGUUCACAUGUUCUUCCUCAUCAUCCUCAUGUUCUUAUCAUUACAAAGUACCCACAUUUUGGUAGUUGAUGGCUCAUUGAUUGCAGCAGAGUAUUUCAAUGGAGAGAAGGGAGAGAUUGAGAAAGUCCCGGGGGGUGAUGAGAGAGAAGAAAAGGAGGCCCUUAUCUUGGAAAAGUUCAGAUUUUUACUUGGAUUAAGGAGUUUCCUCACUGAAACUCCAUUAACUGGGGAAAAUGAAGCUCCAGCUCCAUCACCCACCAUUGAAGAAGCUCCGGCUCCAGCUCCAGCUCCAGUGCACCCAGUCCAAGUCAAUCCCGGCCGUCCAUUUCACCGGCCAAAUCUGAUCCCGCAGCCGCGCAAGACUCGAAAGGAAGAUAGCGAUAACAAGGGCAGAUUCAAGAGGAUUGUAAUUGCAGUUUCUGCAUCUGCUGCAGCCACAUUCGUGUUAUUCUCCAUUGGGCUCAUCUGGGUAUGCAGGAAAGUCAGAAGAGAGAGAAAGAUAUCAUCAACAAACACAGUUUCUGUAUAUGGCAAUGAGAGAGGGAGUGGAAAUGGGUCAAUGAAAAAGGUAAGCUCUGAUCCUGGGUUAGACCCCUUUUACCUUGAUUCCAUUGGAGCUGCUUUGGAACCACCACAAGCAUUUCCAUUCAAACAGAAUCCUGAAACUGUGAAAAUUUCAUUAUCAAAUGGAAACGCAUCUAGCAGUAAGGAUGAAAGAGAAGGAUCAGAAAAGGGAACAGUAAGAUCUGAGCCUGGUGAUAGUUGUUCUGCUGCUGGAGAAAUUGUUUCUGUCCAUGAUAGUGGGGAGUUAGUGAAAACCUAUGACCCUGAUGAAUGUGAAAAGAUUGAAAUAGAAGCAGAUUCAUCAGAUGAUGAGUCUUUUCACUCUCCGUGUGGUUCGCUGUCGUCGAAUUUACGCCUUUCUAAUGCUUCAGCUGGUAGUCUUCCUGACAUAACAGAUCUUUUGUCCCCCCAAGGGUCAUAUAUGUCACACCCUUCGCCCCGGCCGCCACCCCCUCCACCACCACCUCCGCCCAGGCCAACCUCGAAUUCACAGAUUUUUCCUUCUCAUUCUUCCUCUUGUUCGACGCCUACCGUAUCUAAAGCUAUAAGUUCUUCCACAUUGCCAACUUCGUCAUCGCCACGAGAUUCGGAUUCCUCUUCCUCAGGAUCAAACCAAACCCCGAAAAGGGAAUUUCCUCCUAAGCCUUUUGUGGGUAUUCCCCCACCUCCGUGUCCGCCCCCAUUUUCGAAAGGAAAUGGCAAUGACUCCCUUAAAACACCACCUCCAGCACCAUCUCAGCAAUUUCACUUCAUGCCAUUGGGGAAAGACGGAGCUCCGUUGCCGAAACUGAAACCGCUUCAUUGGGACAAACUUAGGGCUUCGCCCGAUCAGUCUAUGGUGUGGGACAAGCUGAGGUCGAGCUCAUUUGAAUUCGAUGAGGCGAUGAUCGAAUCACUUUUCGGAUAUAACAUGCAAAGUUCUAUGAAGAAUGAUGAGGCAAAGAGCAAGAGCCCUCCUCCAAGUAAGCAUGUGCUUGAUCCUAAGAGAUUGCAAAACAUCACCAUAUUGUCAAAAGCUCUGAAUGCAACUGCUGAGCAAGUUUGUGAUGCACUCCUACAAGGCGAGGGAUUGUGCUUACAACAACUAGAAGCCCUGGUGAAGAUGGCACCGACCAAGGAAGAAGAGGCUAAGCUCUCAAGCUACAAAGGAGACAUCAAAGAUCUGGGUUCAACAGAAAAGUUUCUGAAGGCAAUGCUUAACAUACCUUUUGCUUUCUUAAGAUUCGAAGCGAUGCUUUACAGAGAAACUUUUGAAGACGAGGUAGUUCAUCUCAGAAAAUCCUUCUUGAUGCUCGAGGAAGCCUGCAAGGAACUCAGAUCAAGUCGGCUCUUUCUAAAACUACUUGAAGCGGUCCUUAAAACAGGGAACAGGAUGAACAUUGGAACCAUAAGAGGAGGUGCCAGAGCUUUCAAGCUUGAUGCCCUCCUGAAGCUAGCUGAUGUCAAAGGAGCUGAUGGGAGAACAACACUUCUCCAUUUUGUCGUCCAAGAAAUAGUUCGGUCGGAAGGAUUCCGAGUUUCGGAGAGCAUAAUGGGAAAGAUAAACCAGAAAAACAAGACAAGAAAUUCUGAAGAAAGAGAAGAAGAUUACAGAAGGAUGGGGCUAGACCUUGUUGCUGGUCUUAGUUUCGAACUCUGCAAUGUGAAGAAGACUGCCACGAUAGACUUGGAUGUUCUGGCAAGCUCAGUCUCAAAUCUAUCCAAUGGAAUGUCUAAGUUGCAACAACUAGUGGGCAAGGACUUGUUUGGGGAUGCAAAGGGUGGCAACUUUGUGCACAAAAUGAGAUUUUUUCUUGGUCACGCGGAGAAGCAUAUAAAGGAGUUGCGAGAAGAUGAAGGAAGAGUCCUUGUACAAGUCAGAGAGAUAACAGAAUAUUUUCAUGGAAAUUUGAGCAAGGACGAAGCCAACCCGCUUCGGAUUUUUGUGAUUGUCAGGGACUUUUUGGGUAUGUUAGAUCAUGUUUGUAAAGAGCUAAGGAGCUCUAAAGUACCAAGUAGUCCAAAUCCUCAAGCUCCAUUCAGAUAGAGCAUGAGCUUUUUGUGUGUUUAUAGCUUACACAAUUCCACUUCGUUACAAGUUUAAAUGUGGAUAACAUCUUCUAAUAUUUCUUAGUAGAAUUUCGGAAUGUUUUAGAGUGAGCGAGCUUGAA